GCACACACACGCACACAGCGCAUCGCGAUCUCGGGAGUGCUCCUCGCAGCGUCUGCCCAAUGCGGAGGGAACGGCAAAAAAACGAGAGAGAGAGAGAGAUCGCUCUCUGUACCUGCACGACGCGCAGUGCGUGCUGUUAUUAUUAUUACUACUACUACCACACGUGCGGCAUUGAUACAUAUAAUCACGACCGCAGUCUGCUGCUUCUCAGUGCAGUACAGAUUUGGAGGAGCGCAGCACACACGAGUAGGUAUACAAAGUGCAAUACAGAAUAGCCAGGGUUAUUUCGUUUGAGACAAUAUUUUGUAUUGCAGAUGGGGGGGGGGGGGACGGUGUUCUUAUAAAAGCAUAAAUGUAAACAUUGGGACCGGCACUUCGUUCUUGCCGGGAACGUAAAGACAUCUCGCGGUAGAGACGCGCAUGCGGGAUCCGUUGUUUGCUUGUGACCGGUUUCAUUAUACGGUAGUAAAUUGAUGUGUUUAAAAUGCAGGGCAUGCCUCGGAGCCAGUGACGGUGACAAAAGGAGCCUGGGAGUGAGACCGAGUCUCACUUUCUCCCCCCCCGCCGCCCUCCGAAGGAUUAUAGAGUCGUUAAUGGAAGGAAGGGGAGUUCAACCAAAAACGGCCUCUUGUCUUCGUGUGCAUUUCGCGAUUUUGUUCGUCUCGGUUAACCCUACGGAGCUGCAGAAUUAAACUCACAGUGCACAUCUUGGAUCGGGUUGGGUGCCAAGUAUGCGCGACUGCCUGUCAUUUGCAGGUAAUGUACGUUAUUUUUUUUGGUAUUUAUUUAACUGUUUUAAAUUGGGGGGGAAAACUCACGCCACACGAAUUUGUUAACGAUGCACUAUAUGACGGCACUAUAUUAAGACAAUCAAUUGUAAUGGCCCCUGUCGUGCCAUUAAAAUAUUAUCCAUUUACAUACCAGUGCAGAUGUGACAAAUAACCAAUUGGCAAUUAUAUUUGAUGUUCCUUGGGGAAGAGGUUAAACUCAUUGAAUACGAAUGCAUUGCACACACGCGGAUGACACGACUAUAUUUUACAACAUUAUUGCAUUCCAAUCUUCUCUAUGUAUGUUCGAAGUAUUUUUUUUGUUAUCCAAACGAUAGGCGUUUGCAGGAGAGGUUUUGCUUUUUCGGGAGUGACCCUAAUCAGCGCAGUGACUGGGUGAAUGUGCUGGAUGUUAACGGUGAUGAGGUGCUGCAUUAUAUGUAGGUAACUCUUUUAAAUGCCUACUACUAGAAUUGUUUCAGUCGGAGAGGAAACAAAUUCAGAGCAUUUCCCUGCAUUUUCAGAUGUUUGUCUGCGAUAGUUGCAAACAAAAACAUGAAUCUGCUUUCAAUGCACAUACGAAGGGCGAGUGGGACUGGCUUGCCGUCCAAAACCUCGCGUGUGUGAAACUGACCGUGACAUCUUUAAAUGUGUGUGAACGUUUCGGCGGUGCCACUUGAUUUACAGGCUCGCAGAGAGAGAGAGGGAAGCGAGCGAGAGCGUAAUCGACAUUACCACCACUCAGUCUUAUUGUAACGCGUCGUGUACACUUCCAUCGGCAAAGUAACGCAAUCAAUGGCGAGCACUGUGUGUGUGGCCAUUACUAAUUGCUAGAGAGACCGGCUUCUGCUGCUGCUGCUGCUGCUCCUUGCGAGAUUCGCCGAUUCGUAUUCCGGAUCCGCACCUGCGUAGCAGUGCCUGGAUGGCCCCCCACUGUGAGAACCGACAAAGCCCAUAUGUCUUUUAUUUCAUAACAGCAAAUGAGGAAAUGAGACGAAAGUGAGCGAGAGAGAGAGAGAGAGAUAGGUUAAGCCUGGAAUUGUAUAUUGUUGCAAAAGUUAACUUGCACUUCGUUGUAAACAAUACUACCAACUGUCCCUUUGUUUUGCGGGUAGGAGGGGGGCAGAUUACCAUAAGGAGAACAAUUUCAUUGCAUUAUCCCCAUCUGCCACUUUUGCUUUUGUCCAUAGAGAAACUUGAGGUGUUUGACAGUGACUGGCUGGAUAUACCCGUGGCAUUCGGAAUACUACCUCAGACUCGCGUCCUGUAUUGAUGAUGGUACAAUGUAUUACGUGACCUUACGCAAUAAGUAAUUUUCUGGGGAAGAGGAGCAAUUAUUUUUCAAACGAGAAAUACAUUGUCAAGGCCGCAGAAGAAAGGACAUGGAACAGGCAAGACACUGGUUUUAAUAGAAAAAAGAUAUAUUCAGUUUGUCAAUUGAAUAUGCGCUUCAUGCAAUGUAAAGGUGAUGUAGAAAUUAAAUUAUUUUCUUAUAAUUGUGUAUGGGGAAUUAUUAUGAACAGGUUAAUAUGUUUUCCUUAAAAGCACAUGUAAUUUUAGUAUAUACACACUGGUAUACAUUGCACUUAGUGUAUUAGGAAUUUAUAUUUUUGACGUAUUUUUGUAUUUAUAUGAAAUACUUGUAUUCCAUUUGUAAUAUACAAAAAAUCAGCACACUCCUCAAUGGCAAUGCCUUAAAGUAUUCACUCUUUGGGUAACAUGCUCAACCGCAGUGAUUUAAAGGGACACUGCAAAUAUAUAUUUUUGUUAAACAUCAUAAUUGCCAUUUCAUUUUACAGUACAGCAGAUAAAAUCUAUUUUACUAAACACUGAAAGAAAAAAAAAACCGCUUCACAUCAGCUUUUGCAUUGGAUGCAUAAUAUAUUGAUCAUAUUGACAACGAAUUACGUGAUCUCGUAAUGCACUUAACAAUACAAUGUGGAUUUAUAUCGCUUCAAAAUUCAACCACAUCUCAGGCCCCUGUGCAAGAAACAAUAUAGCAUAUUGAUUCUACAGAGGCAGAGCGAAAAUAAGGGGGAGAUUAUGAACCUGGACUUGAAAAGGAGGCAGUGAGUCAACAACAAGGAUGGCUCGGAGUCUCAGACCCUGGGGUUAGCAGAGGGGGGUGAGGGACCCCCCCCCACACACUAAGCGAAGGUUUGGCUGAGGGCUUCGACAGAAAAACAUCGGUUUCUGGAGCAGAGUGCGUAUGAAGGAGAGCACAUUGAGUUGAGAGCGGAGAGGUAAGCAGAGGCGAGUCCACGGAGGAUACUGACGAUGGUGCGAUGCCCAAGAAUGAGUUCUGACAGGAUAUUAGCUUUGUGGACAUUAACACUCCACGGACUGCUGGCGACGAUAAGCCCUGAAUUAGGAGCUGGAAAAGAGUCGGCGUGUUCGAUUGUCAUCCAUGACCUGACUCACGGCCACAUCUCCUCAAAGGAACUGCCGCACAGGAACGCCUUGGACUGUGUGUGGACGGUACUUAACCCUGAUCCCGCUGUCUACUCAAUAUUUCUAAGGGCCACAACUGCCAAUGCGAAGAUUUGCAACAGCAUCAGCGUAAAAGUCAAUUCCCUGGAUUACAAUCAGCAAAAGGACAAUCAGACCGCUCACGGAGCAGACUAUGGAGACGUCAUGGAGCUGUGUGACUCGGAAUCUUACAAGCACCCGCUUUUCACUUGGUGGGAUUACAAACACUCGGUGCAAGUGAGAAUUGGCAUUUCCCAGGCCGGACCCUCUCGACAUUGGAAGACUCUGACUCCGGCAAGCGUCAAAAAGAUGUGGUCGACGCUGGAUGGGAAUGGAGAGGCAGUGGUGGAAAUUGUCUUUCUCAACACGGUGCAGCCGAACGAGUCAAGCUGCCGCGUGAUCUGCGACUGGCUGGAAGGCUGCCUCGCCUCUGGCGGAGCCCAAUGGGAAUGUACAGUUGGACAAGUGCCUUGCAAGUGCCAACCCAUGGAGAUCCCUCCCGCAUCGGAUCGUUUGCCGUGCGAGACACCAGCGGGCCACAGAGACAUUGGAUGCAGCUACUACGAGAGUGACAGUCCUUUGCCAGACCCUUUUGCUGUCAACAUGGAAGAAGCCGGGUGGAGCGCCUGGUCCCCGUGGAGUCCCUGCUCACGCACGUGCUCGGGCGGUAUCCAGUUGCGCAUCCGCACUUGCCUCCCUGCUACCCGGCCUGGAAGCGCCCCGUCGUUCUGCCCGGGAAAUGCUGAACAGGGCCGGGAAUGCAACAAGCACAAGUGCCACAGUGUCGCGGGCGCAGGAGAGGAGUGGUCCGAGUGGAGCGUGUGCUCCUCGUCGUGCGGCGAGGGCUCCCAGGUGCGGGCCCGUGUCUGCCUCGCGUCGUCCAAAUCUGCCGCGUGCUCUGGGCCACUCCGCGAGAUCCGCGUCUGCGACAGCUCCUCCGUGUGUCCCGUGCACGGAGUGUGGGGGGAGUGGUCCCCGUGGUCCCUUUGCUCCUACACGUGUGGCCGGGGCCUGCGCACUCGCAUGCGCCACUGCUCCGUCCCCCAGCACGGGGGGAGCUCCUGCGAGGGGCCCUACAACCAGACCAAGGUUUGCAACAUCGCCCUCUGCCCUGUAGAUGGGCAGUGGGCAGACUGGUCCAAGUGGAGCACCUGCUCCGUGACGUGCGAGAACGGCACGCAGCAGAGGAGCCGCGAGUGCGUGGGGCCCAUCUACGGAGGCACGGAGUGCGUGGGUCCCGGGACCGAGAACAGGCGGUGCGACAACAACCCCUGCCCAGUGGACGGCCGCUGGGGCGUGUGGGCGGCAUGGGGGGAGUGCUCCGCCACCUGUGGCAGUGGUCUGCGGUGGCGACAGCGCAAGUGCUGGGGCCCCUUCCACGGCGGCCUCCUGUGCCAGGGCGGCGACAAGGAGCCUGCCAACUGCACCAACCCGAGAUGUCCAGAGCCCUAUGAGAUGUGUGCCGAAGAGGUGAGCGCUUCCAUCUUGUGGAAGGAGACUGAAGCCCAGAGUGUAGCAGUGAGCCGAUGUCCACCAGAUGCCACAGGUGUGGUGAGGAGGAAAUGCUCACUGUCUGAGAAUGGAACUGCGUUGUGGGAAUAUCCAAGUUUUUCCAAGUGCAUCUCCCUGGAACUGCAGACAGUCCUCCAAUCGCUGAGAUACCACCGCAGCAAGCGUCUGUGGGCGCCCUCGCUCGCGGACGGCCUCUCCCAGACGAGUCGCGAGCUGGCCGAGGCGUCCCAGGGGCAAGUGCUGUACGGCGGAGACGUCCUCGCCUCGCUCGACAUCCUGCGCAAUGUCAGCGACACCUUCCGGCGAGCGCCCUUUCAGCCAUCCAGCGACGACAUCCAGAAUGUGCUUCAGUCGUACAGUAACUUGGUCGCGGAUAUCCACAGGGAGCACUGGGAGGACACGUCAGUGAUUUAUUCUGCAAUUUCUAACUUCAUGGACAUGCUGGAAGGUUUUCUGCACAUAAUAGGAGAGGGGAUGAAAUAUUACUACGACUCGUACUUUGUAAAGGAGAAUUUAGUGGUCGGAGUGAGCAAGCUGUCGGCCGCUGACGUGGCGGGAGACAUUGUGUUCCCGGUGAAGGGCCGGCGCGGCAUGCCGGACUGGGUGCGUGCGUCCAACGACCGCGUGCUCAUCUCGCGCAGCUCGUUCGCUCGCGCUUCUGCCGCAGAAUCGCCGGUGUUUGUCGUUGGAAUUGUGAUCUACAAACAUCUGGAAACCUUCCUACCCAAGCCAAGGAACAACACGAUAGUGCAGUCUCGGAUCAUUUCGGUGAGCAUGAACCCCGCUCCGGACGUUGUCAGGCUCGAACUGGACUUCAGCCACACGGCUAACGGUACAAACUCAUACUGUGCUUUCUGGGACCCGGUAAACAUCGGAUGGAGUGGUGCUGGGUGUAAGACCAUGUUCAGCGAUGCUUUCAGAACCAAGUGCCGUUGCGAGCAUUUCUCAAGCUUCACUAUUUUGGCGCAGCCGGGCUUUAAAAUGAAGAUUAAUCGCAGCAGGUCGCUGUCACUGACCCUCAUCGUCGGAUGCAGCUUUUCCUCCCUGGCACUCAUUCUGCUCAUGAUCGUUCACUUUACCUUCUGGAGGUCUGUCAAAUCCGACCGGAGCCUGCUGCUUUUCAACUUCUGCAUUUCAAUAAUAUCCUCCAAUAUAUUGAUUCUGAUUGGAGAGACGCAAACCUACAACAAGGUGACGUGCACCGUCGUGGCAGUGUUCCUGCACUUCUUCUUCCUCGCCUCCUUCUGCUGGGUGCUCACGGAGGCUUGGCAGUCCUUCAUGGCAGUGCGCGGGGUGUCCAUGAAGAGGAUCGUGCGCAAGAGAUUCCUGUGCUUGGGCUGGGGGCUGCCUGCUCUGGUGGUGGCUUCAUCUGUGGGUUUUACAAAGUCCAGCGGAUAUGGAACGAUUCACUAUUGCUGGUUGUCACUGGAAGGUGGGCUCCUCUAUUCCUUCGUCGGGCCUGCAGCAGUGGUGGUGCUGGUGAACAUGAUCUUGGGAAUCGUGGUUUUCAACAAGCUGGUGGCCAAAGACGCCAUUGCAGACAAAGCACUCAAGCACAGAGCAGGGGCGUCGCUGUGGAGCUCCUGCGUGGUUCUGCCUCUGCUCGCACUCACGUGGAUGUGCGCUGUGCUCGCCAUCACCGACCCGCGCUCCUUCCUCUUCCCCGUCCUCUUCUGCGUCUUCAACUCGCUGCAGGGUUUGGUCAUCUUUGUCGUCAACUGCAUCCUCAAAAAGGAGGUUCAAAAUGCAUUUAAGUUUCGUAUCACGGGUCGCCUUGAUCCAAGUGAAGCUUGCGGCUACUUCCCCAAUGGGCAAGCUCAAAUUAUGACGGAGUUUGAAAAAGACAUCGACCUCACGUGUCAAUCAGUUUCUGGAACUCUGUCCCGGGCUGAAAAAAACCGAGAAAAGGCGCACCAUUCCAAACAGGCGAGCCUGCCUGAGAGCGCGCUCACGGUGAUAUCGGGCAAGGAGACCGCGGUGUACCCAGCUGCCUCCAAGAAGAACAGGCAGAGGCGGCAUCGGGAAGGCACCGGCUCCGCUCGCAGCAUCUGGCGUCACAUCCACAGGUAUCCAGCGGACAAGGACGUGUCGUCAGGGGGAGAGGUGCAACUUUCCCAGAUGCCCACGGCAGAUCCGCAGUGCGGCGGCGGCAGCAGCGGCGGCGGCGGCGGCGGCGGCGGCGCGACUUUCAUGCAGCAGCAUUUGCAGCCUGGCCAGCAACACACGUCCACCUCGCCCAUGGAUCGAUCCACGCACCAGCAAAUGCUGACCGUCGAGGCGGAAUCCAUCGCUCACUCGCCAGAUAGACAAAAAAGUAAAUAUUCUGAAAUCGACAUUCAGAGGAUCAUGCACACACGCCAACGACACAGCGAGAUGUUCCAGGAGAUGAAUCAAAAAUUCCAGUCCCUGGAGAGGAAACGCAAGAAUCCUGACGACAGCAUUGACGUCGUAUAGCGCGAACCAAGUUGAACAAGUCAUCGUUCGUGAAAUGGCAAAUGGAUUCACUGUUUAAGAGGCACAAGGAUAUAAACGUUGAGUCACCAUUGAACUGCAGACAUUUACGCAUCCUUUUAUGUCCAUCAAAAAAAAAUAAACACUUCUUCUUCUGCACCGAGUUUUUGCUUGGGGGUAUUGUGUGAUCGCAAGAGAAUGAGCAUGGCAGCAAUGAGAAGUAAGGUAGCAAUGUUGACGAGGUUGUUCUACAAUUCUCCCUUUUACAACGAUGUAUAAAGUAAUGUAUUAUAUGUUGAUGGCCAUUGCUUGAAUAACAAGGCUUCAUGUUGUACAUGACACACUAUAAUGUAACCUCUGAACUACAAACUGGAUUUCUUGGCUUUCAGAGACUAGAUUCAAGAGGUGAGAAGAGAGGAAGCCACAUUUGCGCAUUAAACACUCGCCUCUGCCCCAUAUAUAUACGAUAUGAAUAUGGAAAACACCAGCUGAAAUUAACCAAGUUGGUCCCCGGUUCGGUAUAUAUGUGAAUGCUUUAGCUACGUUAUAUUUUGUUUUAAAAAAUAUAACUUGAGCAUUGUGUCAUUAUUUUGGCUGAAAAUAAAGGCAAAAGGGCUCCGUGUAGGUCAUUGUCGAAGGUAGUGACACAGUUGUGUUUUACCUCGUAUUUAUUUGUGCGUUUUGGUUCCCUUAUUCAUUUCAAAAUAUGAAUGUUACUAUUGCUUUGCAGCUUUAGCUUUAGAUGUCUUUUUUGUUGUUCAAUCGAACACGAAGCUACAUAUUCACAAAUGAGUUUAAACACAUUUUUUACGAGAAAUUCAAUUUUCUUUGGGGGAGAAAAAUACUAAUUGAUUAAAGCUGUGGUUUGCACGGGGCUCUUGGCUUGUCUGUGAAUAGAGAGGAGUUUUAUUUUUUUUCUCGUUGCAUGCUCAAGGAGUUGUGUUUUUGGACAAUGAUAAAUCUCUAGUAUGCUGUUGGGAGACUGUACACAUCUCUACUUUGCUGUGUAAUCUGUGGUCGUAGACAUACAUUUGCUUCAUUUUAAGCGGAAUGGUUUUUACUUUGUGCUGUAAUUGCAUUUUUGGGUUUUGUGUAGUUGGGCAAUUAGUGAAUCUCAAUCGACUUCAAAAGAAAGCUAUGCAAUUUUAAGAGUUACUUUCAAAUUAUAUUAAAUUAACUGUAUACUGCAUUGUAAUUACAUCAUUUUCCACUUAAAAUGAAGUGAGAGAUACAAAUAAAAUAAACUCAAAUUUUUCA